AUAAAUUGUCUUUUGGGAAACCGGCAGUACUGAGGUGAAUGGUAUUACUCUAGGGUUGUAAGAAAAAUAGACUGAGAAAAAUAACCCAUACCAUGUCUGAUUCAGAAUCUACUGUUCGUGCAACUGAAGAAUCGAGAGGAGGACUGAAGUAUGAACUUGUACUUGCGGAACCCUCUGAGGUUACUCUGCCUCCUAAACUUACUACUUCUCCGCCCAAAUGCAAUCUUUCAGCAGAAGAUAUUGAAAACAAACUUAAAGCUGCAGAAGAAAGACGUCAGUUUCUAGAAGCACAAAAGCUAAAUCAACUAAGUGAGAAGCGCAAUAAGGAGGUAGAAGUUAACCAGAAGAAGCAAGAGUAUAACUCAAGCUUCAUGGAAAAAGCUCAAAAAGAUCUGGAACAAAAAAUGGAAGAAAAAAAGGAAAACAGAGAAGCUUACAUCAAUUCUAUAAAAGAAAAAUCCCGUGAUCAUGUGCGACAUGCCCAGGAAGUGCGCCAAAAUAAAGUGGCCAAUUUAGUAUCCUCUGGCUAAUAUCGCGCAAUGGCCAGCUUUCAAGCGAACUACCAUUGUGAUAGGCUAUAACAUGCCACUUUUUGGACCUAUUUUCUUUGCAAAAAAUGAACCGUUCAUAGACAUCCUCUCCACUAUUCUGCAGUAUAAUCCGUUAAAUAAAACAAUUCUUAUAUAAGUAUUUAAUUGUUUUGCUAAUGCGAAUAUAUUUAUUUUGUGUAACUUGUGUCCGUUUUGUCUACAUCCAAAUAAGUUUUAAUAUCACCAUUUUGGAACUUUAUGAGAUUUUUCACUCAAAUGCAAGUAUAGAUUGAUAAAUUAAUAGAAAUAACUAGUUACUUUUACAUUAUUCUAGUGUGAAUAGUAAUCCCCUGAUAUUUACUACUUUUCCUGAAGUUCACUUGUGAGUGCGGAAUUUUUAUUGUUAUUUUUUGGAAAACCCAAAAUAUUUAAAUGGUUCAUUUAAUUAAAAAAUGCACAUCUUCAAAUGUAUACUAUUCAAUCCCUGUCUUGGUUCUAGUUAUUUAUCAUACUGCGUGGAUGUUGCAGAAGCUAUAUUGAUAAGUGAUAAUUACCGCGUUCUUUCAAAAUGUGAUGGUUUUUAGUGCAUUCAACUUUUUUUUUUAAUGUUAGGUAUAUUGAAUGUUCAUUUAAUCUUUAAUAUAUUGCAAAAUUAAGAAAGAAGGAAAUACUUUUUGCACGCCUCCAAAAAUUGGGUUUUACUGUAUGCAAAUAAAAAAAAACUUUUUAAAUAUUAAAUUGAAACUAAAGUAGGAAAUUCUGUGGUAGAAGCGUUAGUAAUAAGAUAAGAGUAUUCUGCCAUAGAAAUUAGGAAUAAUGAAUUAAAUGCAUUCUUAUGAAAUAAUAAUGUUCAGAAGGUUUAAGAGUUAGUUACAUUAAAGUAAUAGUGGUUAUAACUAAACUCGAUAAUUACUGAUCUUUCGCAUAUCUAAAAUGAAAUACCUAUUUUAUUUUUUACUAAUUUAAAUAUUUUUUUAUUAAAAAUUUAAAUCAAGCCGUAAUCCUAAAAUUAAAACGGUUACUUAACUUUUGAGUUAAUUUUGGUUUUCAUCCAACUUUACGUGUCAGGUUUAAGUGUUUUUUUUAUGACUUAAGUGCUUUAACUUUGCAAACAUUGUGCUGCUGUAAUAGUAUAUUUGAAAGGCAAAUAAAUUUUUAACACUAAA